AUGUCUGACGGUAUAAUAAUAAGGAAACAAGAUUUAGAAACACUCCUAGGAUCAAUCAGGUCCCAGUUCAUAACACCAUAUAAAGAUAACAUUGAAGCUAUACACGCGAUUAGUAGUACUACUAAAUUGGUCGAUUCUUCACCAUUAAUUGAAUUAUCUAAAUUAUCGAAGAUUAUUAAAGCUCAAAGUACCAAGAUUGGUAUUAUAGUACAACCUGAAAAAAUUAUAGAAUCAAAUUUAACGGCGAUUUACAAAGAAUAUAAAAACUUGGUGGAAUCAAUUUUUUACUUAUUAAGUUUAUUACCAUUAUUUUAUAAUGAUAAACAUGAUACAUAUGCUAAAUUCUUCUUGAAGAAAUUGGAUGAACCAUUAUUGUCAUUAAUUAAUGCAUUAACGUUGUUGGUGGACGAAACUGAAAUAAACUUAAAGAAGGAACAGAAUUCUAAUGAUACUGAGGUUGUGGAUAAGAAUAGAUUAAUUUCCAUCGGUAUGAUCUGGUCAGUUUGUGAUACAUUAGAUGAUCUCUCUAAGAAAGGUAACUUUGGAUUACUAGGUGAUUAUAUAAAGAGCAGUUCAAAUUUAGUAGAUGAUGUUUUGAACGAUAUUGAUGAGUGGUUUGAAGCUCCUGAAUUAGGCAAUGACGAUGCAUUUUUUCUUGACGACGAAAGUGAUUCUGAGGAGGAGCAAGAAGUCAAAGGAGAUAAAGAUGAUAAGGAAAAAGAAGAUGCACUAGAAAGAAUGAAGGUAUUCCUAAAGGAAUGGCAAACUAAUUUAAAAAUGAUAAAAUUAUUAUUGACCUCAUUUAAUAAAUCUAUAUCGAUGGAUACACAUAAAUCUAAAGAAAACAAUGCUGGUAUGUUAGAUAAGUUCCAAGAACUUCAUUUAGAGUUAGGGAAGAAAAUCGAUGAUUUUAUUUCCGAUAUAUUCAUGAGCGAUUCUAGCUUUCAAGCGGAAAAUUUCGACGACACUAUCCAACUACUAAACAGCGAUCUAACUAAGAUGGUCUCCAUCAUUAAAAAGUUAAGUAAAAAUGAUGCCAAGAAAUCUAAAUGGAUUGAAGUAUGGGACACCAAAUAUUUCAAGAAAUAA